GAAAGGACCGCUGCCGGGCAUGGGGCUUCGGCGGAGAGCGCCGAGAAGUGCGCACGCGCACUGACCCCGCGGGCCCUAGCAACCAGAGCAGUGACAGUAGCAACCGCCGGAAUGGCAAAAGCAACAACAAUCAAAGAAGCCUUAGCGAGAUGGGAAGAGAAAACUGGCCAGAGGCCAUCUGAAGCCAAAGAGAUAAAACUUUAUGCCCAGAUUCCCCCUAUAGAGAAGAUGGAUGCAUCCUUGUCCAUGCUUGCUAAUUGCGAGAAGCUUUCACUGUCUACAAACUGCAUUGAAAAAAUUGCCAACCUGAAUGGCUUAAAAAACUUGAGGAUAUUAUCUUUAGGAAGAAACAACAUAAAGAACUUAAAUGGACUGGAGGCAGUAGGGGACACGUUAGAAGAACUGUGGAUCUCCUACAAUUUUAUUGAGAAGUUGAAAGGGAUCCACGUAAUGAAGAAAUUGAAGAUUCUCUAUAUGUCUAAUAACCUGGUAAAAGACUGGGCUGAGUUUGUGAAGCUGGCAGAACUGCCAUGCCUGGAAGACCUGGUGUUCGUAGGCAAUCCCUUGGAAGAGAAACAUUCUGCUGAGAAUAACUGGAUUGAAGAAGCAACCAAGAGAGUGCCCAAACUGAAAAAGCUGGAUGAGCCUGGGAGCAGCAGGGCCUGGAGACAACAUGAACCAAGACGGAGGGCAGUGGACUGCUUGUCAGGUAACCAACCAGAUGUCUGGUCCAGGAGCCGCCACUCACUGGUUCCUGCCUUUGAGGAGCUUAAGAGCCUGGGGUGAGAAGAGACCUGCAUCCAGGGACCAAAGAAACACCUUUGUAAAAAGCAAGUGCCACGCGGAACAGCAGCCACAAGGACUAGCUGUAUGCCGAAUGCGGCAGAGUACCGCUUACCUACAUAACCACUUAUUCCCAACUGAGAAACGAGGAAAGGCUGGCUCUGAAAGUAACUUGUCCCAGUUCACAGAACUCAUGACUGAGGAGUCAAGAUUCAAAUCUAAGCCUCCUGACCCCAAACCAGGUCUCUCUGUCACUGUGUCAAUACCCGUCUGUGUAGAUGUCAAGGAGUGGUUCUUAAACCUCAGUGUGUGCAAUAAAACCCGCCCUGAGAGACUAGUUCAUGGGUCUGGUGCGGUAGGGGUCGAGCGUGGGAAGAGCAUGAUGGGGAAUCUAGGAUGCUUCACAAGCAGCCAGGUGCUGCCCAGGCACUGCAGCAGAGGAAUA